AUGAGUCAGUAUACUCCCGAGGAUAUCCAGGCAGUGCCUGCGCCCAGACUGGACAAUCAAGGACACAUCCAAUUUGCUGAAGACAAAAAUGGAUUCUGGUCCUCAGGAAACAGCACCAAUGUAUCCGUCUCUGCGAAUCCAUCCUUCGAGGAAACAACUGCGUAUGCAAGAUUCGUCCGACACUUCCGCGCAGAGAUCGACAUCGCAUAUGCGGAUCUGAUCCUGAUAGUGUGUGGCUUUGUCAGUGGGCUAGUUGACGGACUCUCAUUCAACGCAUGGGGAAGCUUCGCCAGCAUGCAAUCAGGCAACACAAUCUUCAUAGCCCUCGGAGUCUCCUCCCAACCCAGAUACCCAGCCUACCUCUGGGCCAAGUCGCUCAUCGCGCUCUGCACCUUUCUAAUCAGCAACAUCCUCUUCAUCAAAGUAUCCCGCCUCCUCGGCCCCCGUCGCCGCUCAACCAUGAUCCUCUCCUUCGCCAUCCAAGCCAUCUGCCUCCUAAUUGCCGCCAUCCUCGUCGAAGCGCAAAUCAUCUUCCCAAGACCAGAAGACCCCCGGGCCCCGAUCCAAUGGAUGCAGAUCGUCCCCAUCUCGCUCAUCGCGUUCCAAGCAGGAGGGCAGAUCUGCGCAUCACGCAUCCUCGCCUACGACGAGAUCCCCACCGUCGUGCUCACAGCCCUGCUGUGUGACCUGCUCGUCGACCCAGACGUGCUGGCGAAGAAGAACCCGAAGAGAAAUCGACGCAUCGGCGCUUUUUUGGCCCUGUUUUUUGGUGCAAUGACCGCCGGGGGGUUAUCGAAGGUGGCUAGUCUGGCGAGUAGUUUGUGGUUUGCUUUUGCGUUGAAGUUGGCGAUUACGGUGGAAUGGGUGUUUUGGAGAGCUGUGCGGGAGCGGAAAGAGAGUGGGAGUAUUGUUUGA